AUGGUGGGUAUUCUUUUCAAGCCUCCAACAUGUGGACAUCGUUCCCAAUACCAGUACGAAUUAUUUGAACGUUUUCUCGACAACGACAUUCUCGCGUGUGCUACAUGUUUGGGCAAGACAUGGUUUAUUCGUGAUGCAUGUUUUGUCUCUGACGCCAACCAACAAGGUCGCUUGAUGGCAGCAACCACUCAUAUGGUGGAUGUUUAUGUGCUAUGGAUAGAACGGAAUGGUGCUUUGCUUCUUUUAGCGAGGGUGAGUGGCAGAAUGGUUUUGGCAAGAACGGUAGGUUUAUCCUUGUCAGUACCUGGUUUCCCAUAG